CAAAAGCUUAUAGGGGCCGCACGUGGCGCGGUCUUUUCGUGCGUUCGUAAACACGUGUCUUUUUACGUGAAUGUAAAUUAAUAAAACUUUUUUCUAAUUUAAAAAAGAAAAUGAGAAAGCUUGUUAAAUUCUUUCGCUAAAGUGUUUACUAAAUGUGUUUGUAUUGCAGUCGUAAUUUUUUAAAUGAUAGUAAAAUAAUUGUUUCAUAUUAGUGAUUCGGUUGUGUAGUGAUGUUUUUGUUUAGAAAUCAUUUUGGAUUAUUGUUGCUUAUGGCGAUAUUCGGUACCGUAAGAAAUAAAGACCCAGAACACUCGACGGAAAAGGAAUUGCGCCCAGAAUACAUCCACCCAGAUGGUCUAUCCGACUUCGAUCCGUACUUGGCUGACUUCAAACCCGUGGUGGAAGAUGAUGACUACAUACCAUUGCCAGAAAACGACGAAACAAUUGACGGUCUACCGAUAUUCCUACUAGAGCCAAAAAACGCUUAUGUGCUAAGGACGAAGCCAGCAACUUUACUCUGCCGUGCUGCAAAUGCUCUUCAGGUUUUCUUCAAAUGUAACGGUUUCAGAGUUGAAAAAACAGUUCAGUUGGAGCACGUAGACCCUCAUAAUGGAGUCAGGGUGGUGGAAGCGGAGUUGAAUGUCACCAGAAAUGAGGUGGACGAGUAUUUCGGAGGGACUUUCGGGUGUGAAUGCUACGCGUGGAAUAGCAAAGGGCGAAUACGGAGCCAAUCCGUCUUCAUAGAGUAUGCUUACAUAAAGAAGCAGUUCGUGCAGCAGCCGGUGUCGGCGACCGUGGAAGCUGGCAGGAGUGUUACCUUCAGGUGCUCUCCCCCUGCUGCAGCUCCACCGGCCACCAUCAGGUGGAUGAGGAACGGAGCACCCGUUGAGGCAACAGAUGAAGCUUUGGUGCUGCCGAAUGUAGGACUACAGGACAUGGCGAACUACACGUGUGUGGCGGAGAACAUUGCUGGCAAGCGAGAGUCAGAUGUCGCCGUACUCUCCGUAUAUGUUAACGGCGGAUGGUCAGAAUGGUCGCCAUGGGUGCCGUGCCGGUGCGGCACGCAGUCCAGCGGCCGGCGGCGCGUGCGCACGUGCUCCGAGCCGGAACCGGCCAAUGGUGGCGCGCCGUGCCGGGGCUUGGCGGCGCAGACGGACGACAACUGUAUGAGGUGCCAGAACGGUGGAGCGUGGUCACAAUGGGCCUCGUGGUCGCCCUGCGGCGAGGACUGCGUUAGAGUAAGACGCAGAGAGUGCACGGGAUUGGCCUGUUCCGGAUCAACCAUGCAGCAUGCUUCCUGCGUAGACGGCUUGUGUGCUGCGAGCAAAUACAGUAAUGUCACGUUGUACGUUGGCAUCGGCAUCACUGUCGCCAUGCUGACUGCUGGCGCUGCGCUACUGUUCGUAUGGUGCCGGUACAGAAGCAGGCCUGGAUAUAUUGCUGCUAGGGCUGGCGUGCCCAAGUCUUAUGCAAGCAACAAAGGCACAGGGCCGGAUCUGACGCGCGCGUGCAAUGAAUACUGGAUGCAGCCCGACAACCACUACGACAUGCCCCACGUCAGGGACAGCUACUCAUCUCCGUUUGGACACCGCGGCAGGCAGCAGUCUUCUGCGGGCAGCAACCAUUAUGAGAUGAAACCGUACAGCCCCUCAGGGGAGUCGGCAUCUAGCUGUUACACUAACUCAGCUAGAACGAUGACGUCACGAUCAAGCGAGUGCUCCUCGUCGCAACUGGCUGAGCUGGUGCCGUCUUCUUCCACCAUCUCCAAAGUGGACGUGGCUGUGACAUUGCCAACUGCACCUUCGGACGUCAGCUAUAGAGACAAAAUUUGCUUAACCAUCGUGAAAUGAGGGUAGAUCGUCUUUUCUGGUUCGUGAAAGAGAACUUUAUUUAUUUGGUGCAUUUGUUCGAUUAAAAAAUUUUUUUUUAGUACCUUAAUUUUUAUUUAAAAAUAUUUAGUGUAUUUGAUUUAACCAGUUGAAUGGGAAUGUAUUGUUAUUAGCCAGAACUAAAACGGAAAAUUCUUUCUCGAGCGACGGCAAAGAUUUUUUUUAUUUGAUGAUACACUUAGAGCUUACAGAAGAUACAUUAAUAAAUCCUUAACAGCGUAAUUGUUUAUUUUCAGUUCUUUUUUAUGUAAAAAAUUAGGAAAUUCGUUCUGAUGACAAUACAAUCGAAAUCAUUAAUGUUAACCAAUCGAUCGUGAAUCUUGGCUUUAAGAUACUCAACGUCAAUAUGGAGACAUGCUGUUUUAAUUAAUUCAGCCUUUUACUGGUUGUACCAUUGAUAAAUCGUAUUACAUGUAAAUAUCAUCAUCAUCAGCCUAUUAAUGUCCCCACUGCUGGGGCACAGGCAUUCCCCAUGGAUAGAAUAGGGAGAUUGGGCCAUGACCCAAUAACAACACUAGGGCCUAAUGCGGAUAGGCGGGUGCAAGUGACUGCAGAUAAGCACGGAGAGACUCGAGAUAGAAGAUUUUUGGUCACUCAUCCAAUGACCGACCACUACGAAAGUUGCUUAACUUCAAAGAUCACAGCCGAUCGCGCUAACCACCCACGCCUUCGAGCUCCUCAUGUGAAUAGGUACAUUAUUAAUCCUCAUUUGACAAAAAUUACAAAGUAUUGAAUACCUACCAAUUAAAGUCUACGAUCCCAAGAGAAGUCUCACUUUGUGCAUGACAUGAUUACUUGACGAAAACUAUGUUUUAUCAAUUUGCUGUAUGCUUUAAGUAUGCUUUUUUAUUUUUAUAAAGAAAUCAAAUCGCAAUUUGCCGUCCUCAAGCUAAAAGCUAAAAUGACAAAACCAUCUUUUGAGAUAUGGCCAAAAACGGCGAGUAGGUAAUCUUUAAAUUACUGCUAUUUUGUAACUAUUCGUCGCAUUACGAAUUUUUAAACUUAAACUACAAAAGACACGAAUACUUGUUAAAUAGAAAUUGAUAGAGAAUUAAACUGUGUUUAAGAUGCUAUUUAAGACUGAAAAAUCUACCAUAUGUCACUUAGCCGCACUUUACUUUGAGGACGGCAGCAAUGUCUUUGCUUACAAAAAGUGAUUAUGACUAUUUUUAAUGAACACAACUAUAAGUAACAUUUGAAUUCAUGUUUCACUUAUAUAAAAAAAUCGAGCGAAGACAUUGUGAUUUGUUUUUAUAAAAAAUACUUGAUAAAUCAUAUUUUUGUCUAAUGAGCAUAUGGGUGACUGUAGACCUCUCUUGGGAUCUCGUACUAUUAGUAUAAUGUGCACUUGUUUUGACCAACGAUAUAAUAUAAUGAAUUCUCAUUGUUAAGACUGAUUGAAUGUAUUUAAUCUACUUACAACUUUUAAUAGUAUUGUUUUGUUUACACUAAUUAUUAUCGACGGUAACAUUGUGGAAAUACCUGAUUGUAAGUAUAGCAAUGUAAAUAAUGUAUUUUAAUCUGUGAUAUUUUGUAAACAGUAAAUGAUGCUUACUACUGUAA